UCUCACUGAAUCAUAAGCCAUGGCCCUCUUGAAAACCCUAAAGCCUCUGCUUUCUUCGGCAGCCAUAGCCAUGUUCGUCAUUCUGGCAAUGACGAACAAGGCCUACUCUCAGAGCGAAUCAACUUCCUUCACGUACGACUUCUACGGCGACAAACCCACAACCCUAACCUACCAAGGCGACGCCUUCUUCCCACCGGACUCGACCUUCCUCCGUCUGACAAAGACCGCGUCGGGCGUCUCAGUGCCGGGCACGGUCGGCCGAGUCCUCCACACGGCCCCAGUACUGUUCCGCAGAGAAGGGGCGUUAGCGUCAUUUGAAACGAGCAUAGAGUUUAACAUCAGCUCUUGGACCAGCACCACUCAACCAGCCGACGGGAUCGUAUUCUUCGUGGCGCCCGUGGGCUCCACCAUCCCCCAGUACAGCGUCGGGGGCAACUUGGGCGUGUACUCGCUAUAUGGGCAGGCUCCCAACGUGUUAGCCAUCGAAUUCGAUAUUUUUGUGAACUCGCCGUAUGACCCGAGCUUCCCCCACAUCGGGAUCAACCUCGGCUCGAGGACUUCUACCAAUGUGACGAGGUUCGAGGGCACCAUCGGGCAGCGUGUGAGGGCCCGCAUAAACUACGAGGCAGCGACGAAAGUGAUCAGCGUGCGCGCCACCGCAGGAGCUGCUAAUUACGAGGUCAGCUUGGUGUACGACUUGAGCGCUUUGUUGCCCGAGCAAGUUCAAGUCGGGCUCUCAGGUGCAAGCGGGCUGGAAUGGGAAGAUGCCGCCGUCCACGACGUCGUCUCCUGGUAUUUCACCUCCACCCUCGUGAAUAAUUUUGUGAGCGAGGAGAAGGGCACCAAAAUUGCCCAAGUGUAACUGUGUCAUUUUCGUAUUUUGUGUAUAUGCAUGUGCGUUGUGUGCCAUAAAAAUAAGGUCGAACUGGUGUAUGUUCGAUGUUCGUUUGUGUGAUCAUGUAAGACCCUCUCAAUAGACUAAUAGACUAUGUAUGUUCGAGAUGGAAGUGAAAGUUGUUAAUCAGUUUCCGUUUGUGUUAUAA